AUGUUCCCGGACACACACAAGGAAGCGACGCCCAAAGAGCCUGUACGAAGCGAUUCGCCGCAAGGACCUCCAUCACCAAAGCUCGCCGACGGGCCCACGACGGUUGACUCACCAACGAUGUUCAUGAAGAAACGUUACGAGGCGGGACCCAAAGAUCUGGCACCUCUGCACAUUGGCCGACAUCCAGUCCCGUGGAGUAUGCCCAACGAAGAGGAUCUGCGUAUGAUCUUUGUCCCAGAACUUGUCCAAUGGAUACAAUCGUCCGACUACCAGGGUCACGCCGCCAAUCGCUGCUUUUGCUCCCUCGUUCUACACAUCUUGAGCAAACGUCUACCCGACGACGUCAUCCACAACGACCCCAUCGACCGCGAUGACUUUCGGGGCAGACUUGGCGAGCUCUUCUCCGACGACGGAAUGCCUCUCGACCAUCUCCUUGAUCACUGCGCGAAUGGGUACAACAUUCAGAAGGUCAGGAAGGUGCACAAGCGACCAAUGACGCAUAACACUUAG